UAAUCGGAGUCUGAUCGCAGUGGGUGGAGUUGAGAAGGAGAGGCGCGUGAGGAGGAAAAAUAAGCGCCGCAGUGAGAAGCUCCGCCCCACCCGGUUGAUGUCAACCAAUCAGAAGGCGCUGUUUCUGUAGGGCAGCGCCGCGCUCGUGGAGCGGGUUUGUGAUUAGUGAUGACCGCACGUGAGGGAGUGAGUGAGUGCAUGCGGGUGUUUUUUUUUUACUGCAGAGCCAGCGCGCGCGCCGUGAGCUCGGUACCGUGUGCAGGUUUUCCUCUUCCUCGCGCAUUAGUUACGAUGAAUUAAUAAAGCGUCGCGCGCGGCACGUCUCGGUCCCGAGUGUGUGUGAUUUCUGUAUUUGAUUUUUGUUCGCUUUCUAACGCGGAUUUGUCCUUGCGGUUCCAUGCCCGCGCGCAGUAUGUGAAUGCCAUGCGGGCGGCGCGGUGCCUCCUCCUGUGGGCUGCGGUCUCCGUUACAGGCUGGAGCACCGCAUCGCGGCAAUGGCGAGAGAGAGAAGGAGAAGGAGGAGGAGGGGGGAUCGGGAACGGUAACGGCGACGGGCGCGCGCUUCGUGAAGAAGAGAUCACGCGGCCGCAGCGGCUCCAGCAGCGCGCGGAUCCCGAGGGCGGCGAGCUCGCGCACGGUCGCCUGGAUACCAGAGUGAAGACUGAGGACGCCGACGCGCUUCACUUGUGCGCAGCGUACACACGUCAUCACGUUCCAUUCACGUGUGAGGUCGACGACAGAAAACAUCAACAUAGCAAUGCAUUGCCGGUUCAUCUUGCCAAGCUGUCAUUCCUGGUGAAGGCAUUUGGGACGUCAUUCAUUUUGGACUUGGAGCUCAACCAUGAUCUCUUGUCUUCAGACUAUGUGGAGAGACAUUUUGAUGAAGACAGAACACCGUUUCAUAAUCAGGGAGGAGAGCACUGUUAUUAUCACGGCGCAGUAAGAGGAGCGAAAGGUUCCUGGGUUGCUCUCUCCACCUGCCAUGGCCUCUGGGGAAUGUUCUCAGAUGGCAACUUUUCUUAUGGGAUUGAACCCGUACCGCACAUCGAUGAGCAGGGACAAAACACUCACAUUGUGUACAGACUGCCUGACCUUCAGCUCAAUGCACCACACUGCCCCGAAUCCAUUGCUACUAGUGACCCGGACUCAGCUGUGGAUGAUGUCACACCCGUUUCUGCAGAGAGUGAUGGACCCACUUUCACACAUGGCCUGAGACGGGUCAAACGCCAGAUCCGGAGGCCACCGCGUACUGUUCAGACCGAGACCAAAUACAUCGAGCUGCUAGUAGUGAACGACUAUGACCUGUUUGUGCAGAUGCGCAGGUCGACUGUGCAAACACGCAACUUUGCGAAAGCCAUCGUCAACAUGGCCGAUGCGAUUUAUAAAGAACAACUCAACACAAGGCUGGUGCUUGUCGCCAUGGAGACAUGGUCAUCCCAGAACAUGGUUUCCGUGGGUGAUGUCCCUCUGAUGACCCUGCGCGACUUUAUGAAAUACAGGAGGGAGAACAUCAAAGAGAAGAGUGACGCAGCACACCUGUUCUCGGGGCGCACGUUUCAGAGCAGUCGCAGCGGGACGGCGUACAUCGGCGGCAUCUGUUCUCCUACACGCGGAGGAGGAGUCAACGAGUACGGAAACGUGGGACCCAUGGCCAUCACGCUGUGUCAGAGCUUAGGACAGAAUUUGGGUAUGAUGUGGAAUAAAGACCGUGCCACCGCAGGAGACUGCAGAUGUCCGGACCCUUGGCUCGGAUGUAUCAUGGAGGACACGGGGUACUACCUGCCCAGGAAGUUCUCCCGCUGCAGUGUGGAGGAGUACGUACGCUUCCUGCAGGACGGAGGAGGCAGCUGUCUGUUCAACAAACCCACCAUGUUACUGGAUCCUCCUGAAUGUGGGAACGGAUUCGUGGAGCAGGGGGAAGAGUGUGACUGCGGCUCGCAAGUGGAGUGCUCCCGAGCAGGAGGCGCAUGCUGUAAGAAGUGCACUCUUACCCAUGAUGCAAUGUGCAGUAAUGGACUGUGCUGUAACAGGUGUAGGUAUGAGCAGAGAGGUGUGGUGUGUCGAGACGCUGUAAACGAUUGCGAUAUACCAGAAACGUGUCCUGGAGAUUCCAGUCAGUGUCCUCCUAACGUAAACAAGCUGGACGGCUACACGUGUGACGCAGGACAGGGUCGCUGUUACGGCGGUCGCUGUAAGACCAGAGACGGGCAGUGUCAGGCACUCUGGGGUCACAACUCAGCAGACCGUGUGUGUUAUGAGAGGCUGAACACUGAGGGGACGGAGAAAGGGAACUGUGGACGAGACUCCAGUGGACAGGGAUGGAUCCAGUGCAGCAAACCUGACGUACUGUGUGGGUUUCUGUUGUGCUCUAAUAUGACGAUGAAGCCUCGUUACGGUGAUUUAGAUGGAGAAGUCACCAGUCUCACCAUCUACCAUCAGAACAAGUACCUGGACUGCCAUGGAGGACAUGCUGUGCUGGAGGAUGGCUCAGAUCUGGGUUAUGUAGAGGACGGAACUCCGUGUGGUCCUAACAUGAUGUGUUUGGAGCGACGCUGUGUGCCGGUGAUGACCUUUAACCUGUCUGUGUGUCCCGGUUCCUCCAGCUCACACAUCUGCUCCGAUCAUGGGACGUGCAGUAACGAGGUGAAGUGUAUCUGUGACUCGGACUACACGGGGAAGGACUGCAGUGUGUACGACCCGCUCCCCGAUCCACAGCUUCCAGAAGGACCCGAGAAAUACAAAGGUCCGAGUGGCACAAACAUCAUCAUCGGUUCUUUAGCAGGAGCCAUACUGCUGGCAGCUAUAGUGCUGGGAGGAACAGGCUGGGGCUUCAAGAAUAUCCGGAGAGGAAGGUAUGACCCUGCGGAACAGGACAUGUGACGUUUCUUUUCUUUCGGUGAUGUUUAGGCCUUUCUGUUGUAUGAGAACAGGUCCGGUGUUGGUUCCUGAACCCGAGGCGCUGGUUAACCUUCGGCCUCUUUUAUAUUUUUAUAAACCGAGAUACAGUUUGUGUUGUUUUCGUACGGAGUUUUUAUAUCAGUGGGAAUUCUCUGCAGGUUCUGUGUUUCCUAACAGCCGGUGCUCUGUCGUUCUCUUAUUGGUUCCGUUGUUCCUCAGAUCCGGAGGAGGAUGAGGAGUCUGUCCGUUCCGCUGUCCUGUCCUCUUUUCUUCACUGUCCUUUUACGUUCGGAGGAGAAACGAGCGGCGGGGGGAAAAAACCACCAUGUCUUCCACUCCAACCUGCACAAAGCCUCUGCUUCCUGUUCGUCUUUCCGCUCUUCUCUGUCCUCUCGCCACGUCUGAACCGUCCCGCGCUCCCCAGCCCACCUUCCGUUCCUCACGUCGUGUUUAUUCGGAGAUUCGUACGAGUCUGAGCCGUCAGCCGAACCUGCCCGAGUCUCUGUGUACCUUUUUAAAGAAGCGAUCGGCGUUCUUUUAUCUUUUUAUCUUUCCGCGCCUCACUCGAUGGCGUUCGGGAACGUCCGACUGGCCGUGUAGCAUCGGUCCAGAACUUUACAAUAACACGCUGAAUUCCUGCCAAAUGGUAUUUAAUACCGUUCAAUAAGCCCCUCCCCCUCCCUCCCUCACCAUGUCUGUCAAGGUUUAAAGGAACGCUUCGAGUCUGAUGUAAAUCUGAUCUACAUGUACAUUAUCAUCUCCUCAGAUCGGUCGCUUCAGACGAAUCGUCUGAGAUCCGUGUGUUUCGAGUGUAACAUAGUCAGAUGGUCGGAGUUUCUGACCGCGCGGAGAAUCCGGGAAAAGAAGAAGCGUCAUAAAUAUAGGAAUAACUAAUACCGCACACGGACUUUACACUGUUCUGAGCCGAAAACACACACACACGCACAAACGCACACACACGUGAGUUUACUUGUCACUGUAAAAUCCGAGCACUGAAGCGUUGGUACUAGCGCUGUGUGUGUGGUUUAGUAUUGUUAUAUUAUUAUUAUUAUUCCGUUUGAAGUGUGUUCUGUCGUCAGCCCUCCAGCGAUUAUUAAAAUACGGUGUGCAUAAACGUCUGAAUGUAACUUUAAACAGCACGAAGUUGCAUCGUUUUUCUUCAUGUAUCGCGUGUGUGUGUGUGUGUGUGUGUGUGUGUGUGUGUGUGUGUGUGUGUGUGUGUGUGUGUGUGUGGACUUUUCCUGUAUGACGACAUGACAAGCACACAGUUUUUAGGAAGACGAACGUAGAAACAUUCUGCCAGUUUCAAUUUCGUAUAUAUAAUGUAUUGUGAGAGUGUGAUGCAGGGCGCGUCCCGUGUGAACACGCGAUAGAUCACUGUGUGUGUGUGUGUGAGUGUGUGCGCUUCUUGUGUGUGUGUAUACUUCAUAUACGGUACACCCGUGUUAAGACAUAAGCACAAACGGAUCGCAAUCCAUGUGUUAAGGAGGAAAAAGAGUAUUUAAAGGAGGCUGUGUUUCAGAGUCUCUCUCUCUGUCUCUCUCUCUCUUAUCUGUCUCUCUCUCUGUCUCUCUCUCUGUCUCUCUCUCUGUCUCUCUCUCUCUUAUCUAUCUCUCCCUCUGUCUCUUUAUCUGUCUCUCUCUCUGUCUCUCUCUCUGUCUCUCUCUUUUUCUGUCUCUGUCUCUCUGUCUCUCUCUCUCUCUUUCUGUCUCUGUCUCUCUCUCUCUCUCUGUCUCUCUCUCUCUUAUCUAUCUCUCUCUCUGUCUCUUUAUCUAUCUCUCUCUCUGUCUCCCUCUCUCUCUGUCUCUCUCUCCAUCUCUUUUUCUGUCUCUCUCUCUCUCUCUCUCUCUCUUUUUCUGUCUCUGUCUCCCUCUCUCUCUGUCUGUCUGUCUCUCUCUCUCUCUCUCUCAGGGUGAUGAUUGACAGAUGGUUCUAUGAGUUAUAUUCGCGUUCACAGGCCCGCUCUCACGCAGAUAUAAACUCGUCACACGAGGAAGAAACGGAUGGACACGGAAAUAAGGAAUAUUCAGGGCUGAAAUCUGUUGUGAUGUUUAUCAGGUCGUCCGAUGGAAAAACUCUUCCAGUAUUUUAUAAACUCGAAUGGAAUCGAGAGGGCUUUAAGAAACAAAUUCCAGCCGAGCAGUUUAAAGAUUGACGUAAAAAUCGAUAUUAUUCACCGUGUCGCGUCGGGGAUUAGCUGAAAAGACCACAUUUUAAAACUCUAGUCUUAAACACACUGAACGUUAAACACACUCAACAUUAUUCAUCCUUACUGAAUUUACACCUCUAUCACCCGUAUCACACACACUACACAUGUAGCCGCCUUCUUCUUCUUCUUCUUAUUAUUAUUAUUAAGAAAUGACCCUAAAGCACUAUCACAGUAAAUUCCCAUCAGUGAACAGUGUAAGGACUCGUUCAUGGUAAAGUGUGCGUUAUUGAUUACAAAUAAACAAGUAGUUUACAGUGAAGUUCAGUACUAGUGAUGGUGUAAACGAUUCCCUUAUUAUUUGAACCGAGCAUGAAUUUCAAAACUAAAUAAAUAAAUAAAGGACUAAUUUAAAAAAGAUUUGCACUGAAUUACCAUUAAUCAAGGACGAAUGAAUUUACCAAAGUUUAUACCUUAAACGUUUCUUUUUUUUUUUCUUUCUUUUUUUUUUUUUUUGAAUGACCAUCAAUUACAAACAAAUAAAGGAUUUACAGUAAAUUCUGUGAAAAAUUACGGGUCCAAUUUUCAUCAUCAUUAAUAAUAAUAAUAAUUAAAAAAAACAAAAACUAAUAAAUCUAAGCAUUUAUAAUACUCUACAUUCCCAUCAAUAACAAUAAAUAAAUGACAGGACCAAUUUUUAGUGACAUACCGUUAUAAAUAAAUAAAUAAAUACGUUUCAGGGCUUAUUUUAGGAGAAGUGUAGCUGGGCGGAGAGAGGGGUGGAGAAAGGUGUCCUGCGUGUUACACGUGAAGGAGAACGAAUGAGUUAUUUGUUUUGGUUUAGAUUUGGGUGGAUGAUUUUGGACGUAUGAUUUGGGUGGAUGAUUUUGGUGUAGCACUGCCGCCGCCCUCUGACGGCCGAAUCCCAGUUACUGUGCGCGUCACGGUUCAGAGACUCACUGCGUUACCUCCGUCAGUGCACAGUGUACAGCGUGACGGAUAUACGGCUGUCUUUUUAACGCAUGUCUGUGUGUUUAGUCUCAGG